GCUGUAAAAAGACAAUGAGACGGAAUAGUUCAUGGAAUAAGUAUUAUGCCUGACGACUCACAGAUUGACAGCAGUAAGCAGCAUUCCCUGCCACUCCGUCAACCUCACUGGUGUGGAGCAACAAGUCAUAUCAUGACUUCAUUUCAGACGUCUACUUUGAAGAUCAUAAAAUACUCCACGAAUCAGAAGACAUAAUCACCAAUGCAAAAAUUGCAACUUCAAACAAGUUGUUCAACUUUUCAAUGAGUUUUAUUUUAAUAUUUUGAAACUAAAUUACUUAGUUGGUGCAAAUUUGACGUAACUGAAUUGUGUAACUUAUAAUUUACACUUUGUUGAUAUACAUUGGGAACCUGAAGUAUUUCAUGUGCAUGCCCACUGUGCAUUUUUACCACUGAAAACAUUGCAAUAGUAUAAUAUUGAAUGGGAACCACAUGCCUUGGGUGUCGCCUAAUACAUCAGAUGUUGUUACCCAUUGAUGUCCAAGUUACAUGACUCAUGACAAUUUAAAGCUUCCCUGCUUUCCAAUUUCUCAGAUGCUAAAUGAUUAUCUUUUAUACCUUAUAUUUUAAUAGGCUUUUCCUAGUUAUGUGUCAGAUGCAUUUUUAUAAACACUAGAUUAGUUUCUAAAUAUUUAUAAAUCCAACUGCCCAAAAUGGAUUUUGAAGACAAAAACAAAAGUAAUAUCACUGUUACUUUGGAUAAUAGGAACAACACUAUGGCAUAUGGACUGGGACUCCCUUCUUGGGAUGAUUAUAAUGGAAGUAUUCAUGAUAUAAAAUAUUUGCUGGUUGGAGUCUACACACUUAUUACUGUUCUCGGUCUUCUUGGCAACUUUUUUGUUGUAAUUGCACUGUGCAAAAACCUACAACAGAAAUCAAUGAUAAAUUUUCUGAUCGGAAAUUUAGCCUUAUCUGAUACUUUAAUUCUAUUGUUCUGUUCACCAUUUACACUGACAUAUGUUCUUUUAGACCAAUGGAUCUUUGGGGAGAUCAUGUGCUAUAUCGUCCCAUUUAUUCAGUGUGUGUCUGUCAUGGUCUCUAUGCUCAUGCUAAUGUCAAUUGCCAUGGUUAGGUACCAUAUGAUAAGCAAUCCAUUAUCCAACCAUUUUACCAUAAAUACUGGAUAUUUGGUAAUGGGAACUGUGUGGAUUAUUGGAUUUACUAUUUGUUCACCAUUACCUAUCUUUCAUAAAAUCAUAGACCUAAGCGAAACUGUCCACUUGGAUUCCUUAAAAAAUAAAUACUUAUGCAUUGAGUCAUGGCCAUCUGAUUCUUACAGAAUUGCCUACACCUUAUCCUUAUUAUUCAUCCAAUAUAUUUUGCCAAUAGUUUGCCUAACAAUUAGUCAUGCAAGUGUUUGCAGAAAAAUAAGUGCUACUGUGCCAAGCAGACAAGGGAGAUCUGAGGAGAGUGAAAUGAUAAAUUUAACUAUACAGCAACCAGCUAGGAAACAGUUGCAAGCACAACAGUCAAAGAUGCAAGGAUGGAACUAUUCCUUUCUGAGAAAACACAAGAAGAGAUACAGCAAGAAGUGUGCCAGUGUCAUGCCUGUUGUAACUAAAUUUCAAGAUAAUGGCAAGACUCACAAUGAUCUGUUACUAAUCCAUGGUUCAGAUAGUACACAGCCACUACCCACUUCCUUUCUACCAGGUGUACCUGUAUGUUUUGAAGCAAAAGCUAUGGAAUCUGAAGAGCUCGCUAUUUCACAUAAUGUUCCAGUAACACCAAAAUCUAUCACAAGGUUGAGGAAACGAUCACGCACUGUUUUCUACAAAUUGACCAUAGUAAUUGUUGCUUUCACUGUAAGCUGGAUGCCUCUGCAUAUUUUUCACCUUGUAACCGACUUCAAUGCUAAUCUGAUCUCUAACAGGCACUUCAAGCUGGUGUAUUGCAUCUGUCACCUGCUGGGGUUGCUGUCCUGUUGCUUGAAUCCUGUAUUGUAUGGAUUCCUGAACAAUGGCAUCAAGUCCAGUUUACAAUCCUUAAUCAAAUGCCUUUGGCUGUGAUAAUAAAAGGGCAAUAUCAGGUCUGGCGCGACAGACAAAAAAAAAUUGAACAUGUUCAUCAGUCAAUAGUACAGUGUACAUCUGCUCCCGAGUCAUUCUAACUAUUCC